AUGGAAGCGGACGGGGACCAGGAGGAGCUGGCCCGCUUGCGCUCCGUCUUCGCUGCCUGCGACGCGAACCGCUCGGGGCGCCUAGAGCGCGAGGAGUUCGGCGCGCUGUGCGCGGAGCUGCGCGUGCGGCCGGCAGACGCCGAGGCCGUGUUCCAGCGUCUAGACGCCGACCGGGACGGCGCCAUCACCUUCCAGGAAUUCGCGCGCGGCUUCCGCGGGGCCCGCCGCGGGGGGCGGCACCGGUGCUGGGGGCCUCGGGAGCCCGCGUCCACCGCGGGCCAGGUGGAGCCGGAAGGCGAGGAGGACGAGGGUGAGGAGGACGCUGCGGAGACGCUGGCAGCACCCUGGGGUCGCGCGAGCCCGGUCCAGGCUUGGCAGGACUUCCAGGCGCGACUCGGGGAAGAGGCCAAGUUCAUCCCCAGAAAAGAGCAAGUCAGUACCUUGUAUCUAAACAUCAACCUUGUGGAGCCAAGACUAAUUCAGCCAUACGAACAUGUUAUAAGAAACUUCAUCCGCGAGAUCAAACUGCAAAGCACAGAAAUGGAAAGCCUGGCCAUUGCAGUGAAGAGAGCCCAGGACAAGGCAGCCAUGCAGUUGAGUGAGCUGGAGGAGGAAAUGGACCAGAGGAUUCAGGCGGCAGAGCACAAGACGCGGAAAGACGAAAAACGUAAAGCUGAGGAAGCCCUCAGUGACCUCAGACGUCAGUAUGAAACAGAAGUAGGGGAUCUACAGGUGACAAUAAAGAAACUCAGAAAGCUAGAAGAACAGUCAAAACACAUAAGUCAAAAGGAAGAUGUGGCUGCAUUAAAAAAGCAAAUUUAUGAUUUGUCAAUGGAAAAUCAGAAAGUUAAGAAAGAUCUUUUAGAAGCACAGACAAACAUAGCCUUUCUUCAGAGUGAAUUAGAUGCUUUGAAAAGUGAUUAUGCCGAUCAGAGUCUGAAUUCAGAAAGGGAUCUGCAAAUAAUCCAAGAGUACACAGAAGAUCGAAAUAGUCUUGAGAGGCAAAUCGAAAUACUCCAAACAGCUAACCGGAAACUGCAUGACAGUAAUGACGGCCUGAGGAGUGCCCUUGAAAACAGUUACAGCAAGUUCAACAGAUCUUUGCGCAUAAAUAAUAUAUCACCAGGGAAUACAAUUUCUAGAAGCAGUCCCAAAUUUAAUGGUCAUUCCCCUCAACCUCUGGGCUAUGACAGGUCAUCCCGCUCUUCCUAUGUGGAUGAGGACUGUGACUCGUUGGCCCUCUGUGAUCCAAUGCAGAGAAUGAAUUGUGAGGUUGACAGCCUGCCUGAGAGCUGCUUCGACAGCGGCUUGUCUACCCUGAGAGACUCCAAUGAGUACGACUCAGAGGUGGAGUACAAGCACCAGAGGGGACUUCAGAGGUCACACGGCACGCAGGAGAGCUUUGCGGGCGAUGCUUCAGACACAGACGUUCCUGAUAUAAGAGAUGAAGAGACGUUUGGUGCAGAAGGCGUGGCUUCCAUCUUGGACUGGAAGCCCCAGGGGCCCUCUAGCGAAGGCAGCAUUGUCAGUUCUUCGAGAAAGCCCAUCUCGGCACUGUCACCACCGACAGACAUGGUGGAUGGUAACCAUAAAUCUUCCAGCUCACAGAAGGCUUACAAGAUUGUGCUUGCUGGAGAUGCUGCAGUGGGGAAGUCUAGUUUCCUCAUGAGACUUUGCAAGAAUGAAUUUCGAGGAAAUACAAGUGCCACUUUGGGAGUUGAUUUUCAAAUGAAAACUCUCAUUGUGGAUGGAGAGCGAACGGUCCUGCAGCUCUGGGAUACAGCUGGUCAGGAGAGAUUCAGAAGUAUUGCCAAGUCUUACUUCAGGAGAGCAGAUGGCGUUCUGUUGCUGUAUGAUGUGACGUGCGAGAAAUCCUUUCUUAAUGUACGAGAGUGGGUAGAUAUGAUUGAGGAUGCAACCCAGGAGAGCAUUCCUAUCAUGUUGGUGGGAAACAAGGCUGAUCUUCGUGACGCUGCUGCAGCAGAGGGACAAAAGUGUGUCCCAGGAUACUUUGGAGAAAAGCUAGCCAUGACCUAUGGGGCAUUAUUCUGUGAAACCAGCGCCAAAGAUGGCUCGAAUGUAGUGGAAGCUGUUCUCCAUCUCGCUCGGGAAGUGAAAAAAAGAACUGAUGAGGAUGACAGCAAAUCCAUUACCAAUCUGAGCGGGACCAGUUCCAAAAAGUCAACCCAGAUGAAGAACUGUUGCAGUAGUUAA